UCAGUACUGCAGAGAGGAAUCCCGCAGCUGUUCAGAGCGUACAGGAAUCUGGCGAAGUAAUGAGCUAUGAAGGACGCGGUCUGACCCGUUAAGGACAUUGUUUUACUCGGGUCGCCAUGGCCUCUUUAAGCGUCAGCUCGGCGGCUCAGAGCAUCGAGAAGUAUCGCAAGUCCUUCUCGCUGCUCUUCUACCGGGCUGUGCGGGACCUGAAGCCGGUCUGGAUGCUGGAGGACAUUCGGACGAUGGAGACGUUUUAUCAGGAGGAGGACGCCAGCCAGAGGAUUUAUACCCCGUCGGAGGCUUUGCUGUAUGCAGUAGUACACGACCACCAGGCGUACGCCCAGUACCUGCUCGGCCGGUUCAACGGAGAAGCGCUCGCUAAGCCCGGGGAGCGCUUCUGCUGCUGCCCCUCCUCUGCCCCGCACCUGGCCAUGGCUGUCCGCUACGACAGGCGCUACAUCCUCGGCCUCAUCUUACAGGAAACCCACCGGCUUUCUAACGCGCCUUCCUACACGGAGCGAACUGGUUGUUUUCACAUGGAGGACGGCAGAACCCCUUUACAUCUGGCCUGCGAGCUGCUGCGGCCCGAGGUGGUCAUCAUGCUGCUGGGGAACGGAGCGUCCCCGCACGCCCCGGACCACAAUGGCUUAACGCCGCUGGAUGUCAUUCUGGAGAAACUCAGGGACUCCAAGGACGUGAACGGCGGGGGGAGGAGGCAGUGUCUGGACAACCUGCUCAUGUUCAUGCCAAAGGUUCACUUCAAGAUGAAAGGGACUCUGAGUAGAGAGCCGGAGCCGUGGAGCAAGAUGCUGGGCGAGGAGACGUACAAGUACCUGACAGAGAGAAGCCCGGCGCCGCUGGUCCUCAUUGCUAUGCAGACUAUAAUGAAGCAUUUGAGUCCUGCGACCUUCCCGGACAGCCUGCAUGAGCUGCCCAUCCCCUCUUCCCUCAAACCACCCGGCCUGCCUGUGACCCAGCGGGACAGGCACAGGGUGGUCUGACAUGAUGCAUGCUCCACUAUGAAAGAUGUACUAUUUUAGCAUGACUUGUGUGUCUGUGUGUCUGUGUGUGCGCGUGUGUUCUUGUACUUCCAACAUUGUGAGGACAGGAACACGUUUUUAACCAACAGAGUGAGGACAUUUUUGCAAAGUGAGGACAUUUCAGCCGGUUCUCACUUCAAGGCUUUUUUGAGAGUUCAGAUUUUAAGGGUUCAGGUUACAUUAGGUUUAUGUAAAGGUAACCAUGUGUUAGGGUUGGGCAUUUGGUCUGGGGAACAAGGUUAUUUUAGUUAACGAAAAUGAAACGAAAUAACAAAAACUAGAAUUGAAAAAUCAUUUUCAUUAACUGAAAUAAAAAUAAAAAUGAGAGUUAAUAAAAAGAUAACUAACUGAAACUGUAUUGUGAGGUUACGAAACUAACUAAAAUUAUAGUGAAAAUGUCUUUUGUUUUCGUCUUUGUCAUCUUUUUGAAGAUGGAUAAAAAAAGGAAAUAAAGGCAAAGUUUACCGUGACCUAUUUUAAUCUCCCACCCAACAAAUACCCCAUUACAAAAAAACUAAAACUAAUAAAAACUAAACUAAAACUAACAAACUCACUCAAAAAACGAAUUAAAACUAACUGAAUUUGAAAAAAAAAUUCAAAACCCAAUUGAAACUAAAACUAAUAACCUUGCAAGGGAAUUCACUAUUCCAAUGAGGGCCCUCACAAAGAUAGAAGUACAAGAAUGUGUGUGUGUGUGUGUGUGUGUGUGUGUGUGUGUGUGUGUGUGUGUUAGAAGGGCCUGUAUGACUAUAAAUCGGUAACACUUCAUUAUAGGGCUGCACAAAUAAAUACUAACAGUCAGGGAAGAAUUGAAUGAAUCUUAUCUAAAGAUGGACUUUAUCACACUGUUAGCCCACUGAUUGAAUUAACUGGGAGCUGGAGGUCGAUUGCACUGAGGCAGUUUGCAGGGUAGCCAACAGUGAAAACCAGGGAAUAAACAGCCAUAUUUUAUUCUAAUUCAGGCAUCAAUAAGCAGCUUAUUUGUCUAACCUCAUUCUAAAGUGUUACCUACUAAUACUACUGCUAUUACUACUGCUAUUUAAGCCACUAUUAUCAUAUCAGAGUAGACGAACACUGAUGACAGUCUACAUGAACUGUGUUACUGUUGAUUGUAAUUUAUUUGGGUUUUAUUAUAGCUAAUGAUUAAGAAAGUGGUCUUAUAGAUCAUUUGAGAACAACCAGGUGACUUGAAAACUCUUUGGAUAAUAAAUAGUCAUCUAUGUAA